UUAGCAGCUACAUGAAUUUUCUCGGACUCCCUGGGCCCCCACACACCUUCCCUGCGAUAUUAUCCCCCCACCCCAGGUAUCUGGUGGGGACCCUGGAACUGCUGGUGGCUGAAAAUUAUCUGCUCGUUCACUUGAGCGGAGGCACAAGCAGGGCCCAGGUGCCGCCUCUGGGCUGGAUCCGCCAGUGUUACCGCACCCUGGACCGGCGGCUCCGGAAAAACCUACGAGCCCUGUUGGUUGUUCAUGCUACAUGGUAUGUGAAGACGUUUCUGGCAUUGCUUCGGCCUUUCAUCAAUUCCAAGUUCACACGGAAGAUCCGAUUUGUGGACAGCCUGGGGGAGUUAGGCCGGCUCAUCUGCCUAGACCAACUUCACAUCCCCGAAGCUGUCAGACAGUGAGUCC